UUUUUAUUUCUACCUUUGCUAGCUGCUCGGGCGAUUCUCGAUAUCGAUUAUACGGUAUUAAUACACAGUAUUAAUAGAUACUCUCACUGUCUCGAUAAAUAUAUAUAUAUAAUAAAUAUUAGUAUUUAUAAAGGUUAG